AUGGCUCCCAACCUGCACGAACUUUUUGAAAAGGUAAAGUUGAUCAGGAAGCGCCUCAAGCUGAAGGGUCGCCUCGUAGACUUCCCUCCAGGCCGGCAUGAUGAGGAUGAGGAGGAGGAGAAUCCGAUAAGUACGAAGUCCAUGGCUAUGAAUGUCCCAGCCCUCACGGUGAUGUUUGAGUUCUACCGGAAGACGAGUGGUAAGCAGGUCCCCGUUCAAAAGUUUGAGGCCCAGGAAUCGACAGCUCCAGCCGUCUUGCAAAGCGAGGUGAAACUCCUUUACGAGAAUGUGGGCAUCGAGCCGAAGAUUGGGAGCCGACAGUACUACUCGGAUGCCUGGGACCUGAGACGACUUUACUCGUUCAGCCUCCGAAGGCAGAAAGACGCAGAGAAGCGCGGCCAGCGGCCGCGGGCGAUCGGUGUACGGAAGCUGUUUGAAGUCAUAAAGUCCAUUCGGGACGAGCAGGGCCAGGAUAGCGUCUCCAACGAGGAAGAGGGUGAAGAAGAGGAAGAAUUUGAAGACGACGAUGCCGUGGAUGCCGAAUCGGACUAUGAGUCUGCAGAGGCGGAGUCCGUGAAGCCGGAUGCUUCUAAGGGCCCGAGUGCAGUUGUGCCCAAGAUGUCCGAGGAGGACGACGGUUUGGGCGUUGGCGACAUGCCGUUGGAUUCCCAGGAGGAUACACAGGUUCCCAAAUUCCGGCGCAGAUCGAAAAGCUCCUUGGCAAGCUUGCCAAGCACACUUGUGCUUGGCAAGACCCCGGCCAAUGUGGAGACGCCCGCCUCCUACAAGGAUGCGGUUUCUGCUGAUAAAGAGGCAGAGCUUGCCAGGUUGUUGCAGGAGAUAGAUCUGCAAGAAUCCGUCGGGAGCACGGGUGUGGAUCCUCACAAGGCCCUCUUGGUCAUGAUGGGUACCCCAGAGCGAGCUUCAGAAGCUUCGAAAGGCAGCAUCGUGGCAACACCCGAAUGCAAGAGGAAGCUGGACUUCGGGCCGGCUUGGGAGCACCCUCCCGACCAGGAAGAUACGCUGGUGCCGGGUCAUGAUGGUACGAACGGGGCUCCUGCAGUGCAUGAUGAUGGUACGGACAGGGCUUCGGCAGCGAUCGAGGUGGAGUCGAGCCCCGAGAAGAUCAAAGCGGAACGGGAGCCAACGUCUCCGAAGUCACCGAAGGAGACGUUGGUAGUGCCGGUGUCCCUCGAUGCCCAGAACCAGCUUCGCUCGAAACUCCGUGAGAAGUUUCGCCGAAAACGCAAGUCGAAGAGCAGGGCUAAUUUGGACAAGGUGUCGAAGGGGGCCAAGCGCCGCAAGAGGAGCUCCAAGGACGCCUUGGAAGAUGAUGAGUUGCCGGCGAAUGGGUCUUCCGUGUCAUCCAGCCGGACGACCAAGGGCAAGCGCAAGAUCGGCACUUCCGAUGCAGAUGCCGAUCCUUUGCCAAAGGCAAAGGCAAAGGCGAAAGCAAAGGCGAAAGCCAAGGCGCCGAAAGCGAAAGCGGCGCCGAAAGCGAAAGCGAAAGGCAAGGCAAAGGCCAAGGCGACAGCAAAGAAGACAGCGAAGUUGCUGCCGGAUCGGAGUCGCAGCGGCUACAGCAGUUGCGGCAAAUUGCUGCUUGGCUGCUCGAGCUGCCGAUGGUCGUGCCUAGGGUGCGGGACAUGUCUUCGCACAAACUUCCACGGAACUCGGUGGAACAAGGUGGCAUGCCCGGAGUGA